AGAUGUCACAAAGAGCAACGGGCAAUGCGCAUUCGUGGUGGUGGGUUAGUCACCUUCGUACCAAGCAGUCUAAAUGGCUCGAACAAAACCUUCAAGAAAUGGAAGAUAACGUCGAGCAUGUCCUGAACUUGAUAACAAAAGAUGGUGAUUCGUUCGCUAGAAGGGCAGAAAUGUACUACAAACAUCGGCCAGAGGUUAUAAGCUUUGUUGAGGAAACGGUCCGUGCUUAUAGAUCAUUAGCAGAACGUUAUGAUAAAUUGUCAACGGAUUUACAAAAGGCCAACACUACCAUUGCUACAAUUUGCCCAGAAAAAGUCACAUAUGAAGAUGACGACGACUACACUGUUACUCCUAGAAAGACACCCAAAACCACCCGUCAAAAUGCAACCAAAAUCCCCAAAGCCCCAAAACCUCCUAGUAAAGAGUUUUUAAAGAAGAUGAAAGCAUAUGCUAAUGAUGUCCAGAAAUCUGAUUUGGCAAAAGACGGUCAAGACAAUGUUGAGAUUUUGAUGGCGGAAUCUGCAUUAAAGUCUUGCGAAGAGACCUUAGAUAUGCUACAGGAGAAACAAAAGAAGGUGGCCCAGACGUUCAAUGAGGCUAAACAAAGACUUGAGUCCCUCAAAAACAAGUUCAACCCAGACCAAGUCAGCAACGAAAAGGAAAAUGUCUCAAAUCAAGAUGACUUGAAGGAGACUGAAGAAAGCUUCAAGGGUGUUUCAAAGAAUCCUGCAAGUGUUACUGAAUUGGCAGAGAAUUUUGACAAGCUCGUAAACAAGAUGAUUAGCUUAGAGACAUCGGUUACAUCUCAGAAUGCUCUCACGGACAUGUUAAAAAAAGAAACUGAUGAUCUACAAACAAAGAUUCAAAACUUGGAAGCCGAAAAGGCUGCUUUGAUGCAUAUGCCAAAAGGUGAAAAUAUUGAAUCCAAAGUACACAGCGAUGACGUGGAUUGGCUAGAGAUGUUGUUGAAUGGGUUAGAAGACAAAGACGAAAUUCUUCUUGAAGAGUAUGUAUCGAUCUUAAAGAGCUACAAAGAUACUAAGAAGAAACUAACUCAAGAAGAGAAAAGAAACAAAGGAACUCUUUCUCUCAUGAAGUCUGCCAUAGCUAAGAGGGAUUACAAAAUUCAAUUGCUAAAACAGAAGCUACAACAUCUUCAAGAAACUUUCGGUGACGAUAAAGUAGACAUACCUUUGGCAGAAACCGAUGACAGCAUCCUCGAUGAACCUCAAGUUGUUUCUGCAAUUGAGGGCAAGCUAAGAAUGGAUAUCGAUGCAAUAUUCGAAGAGAACCUUGAUUUCUGGUUGAGAUUCAGCAAUGCAUUCCGCCAAGUGCAUAAACUUAAGGCACAAGUCAAAGAACUUCAAGAAGAGCUUAAGAAAGUGCAGGUCAAAGGACUAACGGGAAGAUCAAGCACAUCUAUGUUUACCACGGACUUAAUAUCAGAUAUUAAGCCGAUAUACAUAUAUCUUAAAGAGAUAAACACCAAACUUACAAUGUGGUUGGAACAAAGCAAAUCAUUGAAAUAUGAACUACAGAUGAGAUGCUCGUAUUUGACCAACAUUGAGGAGAAAGUGUCACAGGCUUUGAGUGAAGGUGUGGAAGAGGAGGAAAUCAAGUUCAGUACACAUCAAGCUGCAAAAUUCAAAGGUGAAAUUAUGAACAUGAAACAAGAAAACAACAAAGUUAAAGAAGAACUUCAAGCGGGUAUAGAUCAUGCCAUUGCCCUAAAACUGGAAACUGAAAAGACUCUAGAAAGGCUAGAAAUGGAGUUUGGUUAUGCCACCAAUCAGAAACAACCAUGCAAGGGAAGGUCAUCGGGUCGGAAAGUAACCUUGAGGUCAUUGAUAUUUGGGAGUAAAUCAAAGAAGCAAAAAUCUUCCCUUUUUGCUUGCCUGGGCCAUCCUAAGAAAUUCUGUGCAUGCAUAUAA